GUUAUGUGGUCUAAUAACAGUUUAUCUCCCUUCCUUCUGACUGGCUUCCCAGGCCUGGAAGCAGUACAUCACUGGAUUUCCAUCCCUUUCUUUUUUGUGUAUUUCUCUGUGAUACUUGGCAAUGGCACCCUCCUCUUUCUCAUCAAAGAUGACCACAGCCUCCAUGAACCCAUGUACUACUUCCUUGCUAUGCUGGCAACCACAGACCUUUUGGUGACCCUCAACACAAUGCCCACAGUGCUAGGUGUCCUGUGGCUUGAUCAGAGGGAGAUUCAACUUGAACUCUGCUUCUCCCAGGCCUACUUUGUCCACUCUCUCUCCAUAGUGGAGUCAGGGGUCUUGCUAGCCAUGGCCUAUGACCGUUUCAUUGCCAUUCGCAACCCACUGAGAUACAGGUCUAUCCUCACUAACUCCAGAGUGGUGAAAAUUGGGGUUGGGGUAUUACUGAGGGGCUGCAUGUCUGUGGUACCCCCAAUUGUCCCAUUACAUUUUUUCCCUUACUGCCAUUCCCAUGUCCUUUCUCAUGCUUUCUGCCUUCAUCAGGAUGUCAUCAAAUUGGCCUGUGCAGAUAUUACUUUUAAUCGUAUCUAUCCUAUGGUUCUGGUUUCAUUUACCUUCUUCCUGGACUCUCUGAUCAUACUUUUCUCCUAUAUACUAAUUUUGAAAACAGUUAUGAGCAUCGCCUCUGGAGAGGAGCGGAACAAAGCCCUAAAUACCUGCAUCUCUCACAUUUGUUGCGUCUUGGUUUUCUAUGUGACAGUGAUUGGUUUGUCCCUCAUCCAUCGAUUUGGGAAACAUGCCCCCCAUGUGAUUCAUAUCACCAUGAGUUACAUCCAUUUCCUCUUUCCCCCAUUUAUGAACCCAGUCAUCUAUAGUGUUAAGACCAAACAGAUCAGGAAUGGCAUCCUCCGCAAGUUCUCUCUGCACAGACUCAGGGCUUAG